GACCCCUCCAGAGAGUGCCCACUUACAGAAUUUAGUUCCUGUAAAUAGAGCACAUCUAGUGGUCAUGGCGUUCGAUUUUGUAGCAGGUUGCCUCGGUGGCUGUGCAGGUGUUUUAGUCGGUCAUCCAUUCGAUACAGUUAAAGUUCAUCUACAGAUGCAGGAUGUUAAGAAUCCUAUAUAUCGUGGCACCUUUCAUUGUAUAUCGUCGCUAGUUCGUACGGAUGGUGUGAAAAGUUUAUACCGUGGCAUGUCCAGCCCACUGAUGGGAAUAAGUGUUGUUAAUGCCAUAGUCUUUGGUGUAUACGGCAAUGUACAGCGACAGAUGGUGGACUCAAAUUCAUUAUAUUCACAUUUCAUAGCUGGUUGCGUGUCGGGCUUUGCGCAGAGUAUAGUGUGUUCACCAAUGGAAUUGGCUAAAACGCGUAUGCAAUUACAACAUAUGGAUCCAAAAGCUCCUCAAUACAAAAGUCCUAUUGAAUGUAUAAGACAUAUAAUACAGACAGAUGGGUUUAAAGGUGGUUUUCGUGGUUUGGGAAUGACAGCGCUCAGAGAUGUACCAGGUUUCGCCGCCUACUUCGUAAGCUACGAAUGGUUUAUGUCGUUAAAAGAAAAACCGAGCGUCCCACACGCUCUAACUGCCGGCGGCUUAGCCGGUAUCGCUUCAUGGCUCGUAUCUUACCCCACAGAUGUAAUUAAGACGCUGUUGCAAGCAGAUGGUAUGAGUUCAGCGCCCGUGUACAAAGGCGCCUGGGAUUGUGCGGUCAGAAAUUAUAAUAAAGAUGGACUGCAUUUCUUCUUCCGUGGUCUCAAUUCAACUAUUAUACGCGCGUUCCCCGCGAAUGCCGCCUGUUUCUAUGUGGUCGCUUGCAUUUUGGGUCUGACAAAGCGUACAAAUUUGGAGAUGGAAUUACAGACAACCGAUCAGUUGGCCAUAUCGAGGGUACCUAUAUCGGCGGAGAUGCCCUUAUCCUAUCUGCAUCGUUAUGACAAAGAGCGCCAUGAAGUGCGUGAGAAGCGUUAUACGAUGGUGAAAAUUUUACACAGCCUAGGUGCCUUCAAUGAAGCCGUCUGUCAUUCGGAAAUCGAAGAUUUAGCGCAUGAAUUUUAUCCAGAAAAUGAUAAUGAUUUUAAAUAUUAUGUUUUCGAAGAUGAACGCAUAAAAAUAAGAGAACUUUGUGGGGAUAAUGAUUGAGAAUACCAUAUAAAGUCCGUUAUAGCUGACUAGUUGCAUUUAUAUAUAUAAUACCAUAUAUAUGUAUGUAUGUAUGUUUUAUUUAUAUGUAUGAAUAGUUAUUGUACAUAUAUUUAUUUAUAUACAAAAAUACGUAGUGCCAAAGCAUAAAAUCAUCUGUAGUUAGGAAUUAUGUAAAUUAAUAAAUGUGAAAUAGUUGAAAAUGCCAACGUUUUACGAAUGAA